UUGUUUCUGGCUCAACAGGUUACUGCUGUCCUGCUGUUCUCAGCGCCUGGAAUCUAGGUGCGGCCUUCUCCUCCCUAGAAGUUUGCUGACUACAAAGUGCCAGGCUUACUCACUGGCCCAGGGCAGCCUAAGGGGAGUCUCCUGGAAGGAACCUUUUGUGGCUCUCUCAUCAGGCUCAUUCACCCGACUUUUCCAGAAAGGUCUGCCUGCACAAAAUGGUCCGGUGCGGUCUGGCCUGCUGGAGGUGCCGAUGGCUCCUGCCCCUUCUCUUGGGUUUAGCCAUCAUCUUGGGCAUCAUCGCCUUGGCUGGCAGGGGGUGGCUGGAGUCGGCGGAAGCACCUUAUGUACGCCAAGCAUCGCUAUGGUGGGACUGCCUCAAAGCAAAUCCUGGUGACCUCAACUGGGCAUGCAACUCCCUCAUGGAUUACAGUUGGGGUAAAGCAGCAGCUGCGACAUACUUGGUUGGCUUUUGCAUCCUGUGUAUCUGCUUCUGCCUCGCAGUCAUUGCAUUUUCCAUUGAAGUACUGCGAUGGAACUUUGUUCGAGGAAUCGGGGGCUUGCUGUUUGUUGUUGCCGCUUUCCAGAUCCUAGGCUUGGUUAUCUACCCAGUGAUGUACACAGAAGACAUUCCUCUGACGGGAAGCAACAUGUUCAGUUGGGCCUAUGGCUUUGGCUGGGCAAGCACUGUGAUGGUGAUCGGCUGCGCAUUCUUCUUCUGCUGCCUGCCCAACUGGGAAGACGAAGUCCUGGGCAAUAUAAAACCCUAUGGAUAUAAUGAUGUGGAGCGUAUGUGAUCUGGGAGUGAUAGAACAUUGUUUUUAAUAUUAUUUCUGCUUUGUAGCAGGAAACCCAUGAUUGUAUUUGCCAUUUUCUCACUUUGUUCACAAAAACACUAAAAGCUUCAGUGCCAUCUUGAAAGCUAGAAAAUAUUAUUAUGGCAUCCAUUUUCAUGGAUCAAAGCCUAUUUCAUUGUCCCUGAAAAAUUAUGCCAGAAUAAAAUUCUGUAGGUUUUACCUUGCCAUGGUUAUUCAUUGUUGUUUCUGUAACAUACUACCAUAGUUACGUACCUGGAAAUGAAUGCAAAUUCCACAGUUACUUUUUAGACAUGUACCCAUUUUCAGAACUCACAGCAGUUCAAUUAGAGGGAAAAGAAUAGCAUUCUGUAUUUUCACAGUGAAAAAACUUUCUUUUUAUAUUUCUCUUUUAAUAAGAAUUGCUUUUUGUAGGAAAUUAUAUUGCUGGUGUAGUUCAUUCCUAUAUGGUAGUCUUACUGAUUUAAUCAAUUGAUAAAGAGUAAUUUGGAACAUUUUCCCCUAAGAGUACACCAGCACAACUUUUAAUUUUGUUUUAGAUCUAUAGCUCAGGAAGCUUGUACAGUAACAUCAGUCUGAAGUAGGAUUUUAGGAUGAUUGAUUCUAGCUAUAACAAAACAACGUAUGUGAAAAGGCUUCAGAAAAAGCUCAGAAUAAAUGUAUAUACAUGUAGCAUGCAAUCUGCUAAACACUCUUUUCUGUCCAUGCACAUAUACUGCCCCUUUUAAAGCUAGUGCUAGAGUAGUGCUUGCAGCAAUAUAUUCAAAAUGAAUAUUACACUCAAUGAGUUACUGAUAGUUCUCAAGUAAAUUUAAAAAUGAGGACUCCAGUAUUUUCUGUGCAGGAAAAGUACUGUAUAAUACAAAUUGGCUUCCUAUACAUCUUGGACACAAAUUAAUUUUACUUACAAUUGGGUAGCAGCAGUAUUUUUCUAAAUAGUGUAUUCACUAAAUCGUGACGAGUAACGUGUGUAAAAAUAUUUCCCAUUCCCCUUCUUCCAUGUAGCAGAAAAAUUGUAAUAUAAUUAGAGUUCCUCUCUGUGUUUAAGUUCCUCUAUGAGAACCCUGGAUUUUCCAUGCAUCUAGUAGUCAAAUACAUCUAUGAAACAAUUUAAUAAGAUAGUCAUAAUAGUUGCUUAAGCAUAUGAUGCAAUUUUGUACAGUAAAUUAUUCAGCAGUUGCAUGGUUUUUAACUGCUGGCACCAUCCAUCCAAUUAAUGGCAUUUACAGUCAUUACAGUCAUGCAAAAUGUAUCUCCUCAGGAGUAAAAUUCAUCUUUACUCCCAGUUAAGCAUGUAUAGGAUUGGGAUUUUAAGUCUUAUUGAAUUCAAUAGAAGAGUUGAGUAUUUACUUUAGAAAGUCUUGUUUUGAAAAUGAUGGGAUUUAAAGCUGUAACUUUGGCUAGCAUUUGCUGUCUAAUUUCAGCAUUUAGAAUAUGAUUAUUUUUAGGUCUCAGGUUCUAAAUAUUGUCAGUAGUGCCAGAUAGGAUUUAAAAUUCAUUUAUUUUGACACAGGAUUAAACAUAGUAUGUCUUGAAACCUUGCCUGGAAUAUCUUCUGUAGGCAUUUGCAUGUCCUCCAGCAUGAUUCUAUGGCCAAUUUCCGAAGGAGGUUUACACACAGUACUUCACUUUCACAGGGGUCCAAUGCCUUUAAUUUCCCUGAAAUGGAAGGCCUAUAGUAGUUUCAUUUGUAUUAAAACAAAAAACACAAGAUUCAAAACAUACAUUAACAAUGAUAAUCAUUUAAAUAAAACACGUCAGAAAGAGGAUUGGCAUGUCAAAUAUGUGGUUUUGUUAUAUAUCUUGUUAUAGGAAAUCUUUUAUAUUUGCAGAAAUGUUAUAUAGUGCCAUUUUUAAUCUCAGAGAUGGCUUUUGUAUGUGUUUAUUUUUGUUCAGAAGAAUCCAUCCAUGGUUGAAUAAACCCAUUAAUAAAGACUGAUCAAGCCAUAUAAGUUCUUAUCAUAUAAA